ACACAUCAGUCAGCAAAGGUGAGAGUGCAGCAGAUCAUCACCUGACAUGGCAACUAAAAUCAUUUAUUUUACAGUGAAUGGUAGACCAGAACAAACAGAAUUUCCUAUCGACUGCCCUGCACAAGAUGUCAAGGACCUUUUCCGGGCCGCGGCUGAGGCGGGACCUCAUGACAUCAUAAAACUCUAUAAUACUAAAGGCAAUAUCAUUAACAUCUCCCCUCAGCUGGCCCCCAACAGCCCUCGCUCAUGCUAUAAACUGAAAGUGGUGGCUGCAGACUGCAACAGUGCAGAGCUGGUUGUUGAUCUGGGAUUCGACCUCUCAUCUAUGGAGAAAAGAUUACAGAGUCUGGAGAAAAGAAUCCUUACUGAAGCAGUAGAGACUCCUGCCAUUGUUUAUGAGAUGAAGAGACAGGUGGAAUCAUUCAGAGAAAAGCUGGAGAGUGUUGAGCACCUGAGCUGGUUGGGGUUGUUCAAAAACAUGUCUGAAGGCACUCACAAGCCCUCGCCUUUCUACCAUAAAAGAACUCUACGCAAGGCCCGUGAGGAGUGUGAGCACGUCAGGGAACAAUUCAUCCAAAUGAGUUCUCUUGAAGUUUCUGAAGAGGUGAGACAGUAUCUUAAAAAACCAACUUUUGAUAACUGGCAAUGGGAAGAUGCUGAGAUAAUGGUGCUGCUUCAGGUGAUGUACACAGACCUGGAUUUCAUCUCCGCCUUCAAUAUUGAGCUGGAUGUACUGCAACAGUUCCUUUAUGAGGUGUAUAGACGCUACAACAACAUCCCUUUCCACAACUUCAAGCACUGCUUCUGCGUCACUCAGAUGAUGUAUGGUCUGAUAUGGCUAACAGAUCUCAGGAGUAAAAUUGACAGUAUUGACCUUCUCAUCUUGCUGACCUCAGCUGUCUGUCACGAUCUGGAUCACACAGGCUAUAACAAUGCCUACCAGAUUAAUGCACGCACUGAACUUGCCUUGAGAUAUAAUGACAUCUCCCCAUUGGAAAAUCACCACUGUGCUGUAGCCUUUGAAAUCCUUGAAAAGACUGAAAGUAACAUUUUCCGAAACCUGUCAAUGGAGCAAUUCAAAAGAAUAAGAGAGGGCAUCAUUAAGUGCAUUCUCGCUACUGAUAUGACCAGACAUACUGAGAUCCUCAACAAAUUCAAAACUAUUCUACCUGUGUUUGACUUCAGCAACAAAGAUCACAGAGACGUGUUGAUGAUGAUUAUGAUUAAAGUAAGUGACAUCUCCAACGAGGCCAGACCUAUGGACGUGGCAGAACCAUGGCUGGACUGUCUGCUACAGGAGUUCUUCAACCAGAGUGACACGGAGAAGUUAGAGGGUCUCCCUGUUACCCCAUUCAUGGAUCGAGAUAAAGUGACCAAACCUUCUUCUCAGACUGGCUUCAUCCGCUUUGUUCUCUUUCCUCUCUUUGUUGAACUAGCCAAUCUAUUCCCAAGUCUUGAGCAACACAUCAUUGACCCAGUACGGAAAGCCCUGGACUAUUACACAGAAAUGGAGAAAGCUCUAGAGAGAGAGAAACAGAACCGGGUCCAGAGUGAAAAGACGAUCAAGCCCAGUACCUCACAAGAGCCGGAAGCUCAUUCAGAGCCCAACGGAGCAACAAAACCCCUGUAAUCUGUCAUCAGACUUUGUUUGAACUUAAAGAUAAGAUUGAAUUUAAAAGAGCAAUGGCAUAGAGAGUGUUGCUAUUAAAAGUAAAUGAUGAAUAAAUUCUUAAAGGCUUAAAAUGCAUGUAUGCUUCAUAUUUUAUAUUUAAAUAGAGGGUUGAAUGAUUUCAGUCAUCACACGUUAAAAGCAUUAUCCACUUUAUCACAAAAUGUAUUGUGAAUGUUCUAAAGAUCAUAUUUUGUAGAAAAGAUUUUAAAGUAUUGGGCUAAUAUUGAACUGUAAUUGGAUCUCGAAGCAGUGAAGAAUCUUAAAUGUUUCCUCUUCAUUGUAUAUCAAAACUUUUAUCUUUAAAGUUUCGUUUUUUCAUGCUUUAAUAACUGUAAUAAAA